ACCACUAUUAUUCACCCACACUAAGUAAACAAAUGAAUGAAAUAUUUGAAAAUAUUUCCAAAUAUCUUCCUGAGAAUGUUACAUUCAAGGGAUUAUAUCUUCAAUCUAAUCCAGUUUAUAUAAAGUCACCCAUUUAUAUUUCGAAAUCGUCCGAAAUUUUUCCCGAUACCGUUAAAAUAAGACAUUUCAUUUCAAUUAGCACUGACGAUGAUAUUACAAUAUUAGGAAUUGAAAUUUUUGUAUAUUUGCAAAUUUACCAGGAUCAAAUCGAUCAGUAUAUAUUUGUGUCUAAAUGCGACACUGUCGGACUUUCAAAAGUUAAUUUUAAAGUAGGUUCAAUUAUUGAAAAAGUUGUCGAGUUUUUGAUUAAUUAUGAUUUGACAAAGUAUAAGAUAAAACAAAGAAAAGUCAAAGAAGAUGACAAAGAGGACAAAAGCAAGGAACAAAAGCACGAACGAAAACAAGGCAGUGAAACACUAUUCCUCAUAAACAAGGUACUUGAGAAACUCCAAGACCCUAAGUUUAAAAUUCCUUACUACUCGUCCUCAAAUCAUCCUACCCAACCUUCAGAAUCCUUAUGCCAACUUCCUCCAAUCCAAAAUAUAAAAGUAUGUCUCUUUACAAAAGCGGCACCACAGUAUCUCUUUCCUGACUCCGCCAAGAACCCUCAUAAGCAUGUGAUCAACGGUCAACAAUUACUUAAAUGGUGGAUACCAGUAAUCAACAAUGCCACAUCUAAAUGGCCAAUUCAUAAAUUAGCAAUUCCAGGUUCCGAUGAUAUAUCUACUAAGAAAUUUAUCCAGGGGUUGCCUAAUUGGUCAAUUGGACAUAUUUUCAAUACUUCAGGUCCUGCGGUUUAUAAUAUUGCAUUAUUUCCGGAUGAUCCCAAGGGCAGAUUCCUAGAGCAUUUAAUUGUUGAGAAUAGAUAUGGUAAUGUUGGCGUUGACCAAUUCUAUGAAGAAUUGGGGUAUAGACAAGAAUUCAGAUUGGGAGAUUUAGUAGGAUUAAUUGGUUGUGAAAAUAGAGGGGUUUCUAUUCCAGCUCCAGGAGAACAAGAAGACGAAGACGCAAUCACUAAAUUAUCGGUGCAUCAAUAUAAACAAUUUAUUAACUUAAUAAAACUGGAAGAUUACCAUAUAGAACAAGAUGUUAAAACUUUAGUUGGAACAAAAAUACCAGCAUUUAUGAAAAAGAACAACAUCAAUUUUGAAUAUAAACCCAUCAAGGGCAAAAUGCCUAGAACCAACGCAACAAAACCAACACAACAAGCUCAGACAAUAAAUACAUUAACAGUCAAAAGAAAAACCAACGAUCUAACUGGAUUAAUUAAAAGAAAGAAACCCGAAAGUCAAAAAUCGUAACAUUUUAGUAACAAUUGAAAGAACUGACAUCAUCAUAAUGCAUGGAAGUUUAAACCCAACAUAACCAACUGCAUGGAGACUGAUAUUUUAGUUAGUAAACCAUUUUGAAGGCUAAUCAUUUGAAAAUACAUACAUUGUUCCUCCCACACCUCUUAUCAUGUAAGUAGAAACGUAUGAAUGCAU